AGCGCAGAGCGCGAAAAGAAACUUACGCACGCUGGCGGGAAAGUUGCGAAGUCGUUUUUUCAAUGUUAAGUGUUCAUUGUGUUUAAACUAUAAUCCUGAUGGCAAAUUUAUAAGGAAGCCGAAUAAAUAACGAAAGCUGCGAUUUCAUCGCAUGAGCGGCAAGCGGACACGUAGCUUUAAGUGCGCCGUACACCAUCGAGAUCGCGAAGUCUGCUCCGAAAACGAUUUCCAGCUGGUGCUGAACGAACCGCCACUCUUUCAGAAAAUGGUGCACGCCGUGGCCAUGGAGAUCCUGCCCGAGGAGCGGGAUCGCAAGUACUACGCCGAUCGCUACACCUGCUGUCCGCCGCCCUUUUUCAUCAUCCUGGUUACUCUGGUGGAGCUGGGCUUCUUUGUUUACCACUCAGUUGUGACCGGCGAGGCGGCACCUAGGGGACCCAUACCAUCGGACUCCAUGUUCAUCUACCGUCCGGAUAAGCGGCACGAGAUCUGGCGCUUCCUUCUCUACAUGGUGCUCCAUGCCGGGUGGCUCCAUCUCGGCUUCAACGUGGCAGUGCAGCUGGUGUUUGGCCUGCCUCUGGAGAUGGUUCACGGUUCCACGAGGAUAGCUUGCAUCUACUUUUCCGGCGUGUUGGCUGGAAGCCUGGGCACUAGCAUCUUUGACCCGGAGGUGUUCCUUGUGGGUGCCAGUGGUGGAGUCUACGCUCUGUUGGCCGCUCACCUGGCAAAUGUGCUGCUCAACUAUCACCAGAUGCGUUAUGGAGUCAUCAAGUUGCUUCACAUUCUGGUCUUCGUUUCCUUUGACUUCGGCUUUGCCAUCUAUGCGCGCUAUGCUGGCGACGAACUGCAGCUGGGAUCCUCGAGUGAAUUCCUGGCCAUAGACCAGACGGAAACGGUGGGCGCUGUUUCGUAUGUGGCCCAUUUGGCUGGAGCCAUUGCUGGUCUAACUAUUGGGCUGCUGGUUCUCAAGAGCUUUGAGCAGAAGCUUCACGAGCAGCUGCUCUGGUGGAUCGCCUUGGGAACCUACUUGGCGCUGGUGGUCUUUGCCAUCGCCUUCAACAUCAUGAAUGGAUUUGCGAUGUUUAACAUUCACGUCGAGAAGAUCCGUGUCACGGAAACCAUUUUCAAUGAUUUCCAGGUGUGAAAUCCCAGGAGGAUUAGCGACAGGAUGACCAGAAUUCUAUCCUUGUUUCGUAUUUAAUUGAUAUUUUGCUUAGAUUUUGUUUAUUGCGUUACAUUGAAGUUUUUAUUGUUUUUGGACGUCGAUUAAGUUUCGCGUUUAUUGUUUUGUUAGCCAUAUAUCUGUGAAUCGGAUAUAAAUAUCUCAUUGUAUGCUUACGUGUCAUGCGACGUAAAUUAUUUUGUUUUGUUUGCUAGUUAAGUACAAACAUAUUGUAAGAAUCGUAAGAGAAUAUUUACAACAAAUCGAACUGAUUAGGUGUAACAUAAUGCUCAAGGAAUUCCACAUUUUCUACAUAUAUUUAAGAUUAACUGCAGACCCAGAAGACUUUAUAUAGGAGCUAAUAAUGAAUAAAACUCCACAGCUGUAAAAUAGAAACACAAA